AGGUUCUGACCAAAUCCCACGGGAAGGUGUGAAGGUGGACACUUGCUAUGCGCGUAUCGCUCUCUCGGCACCCGCGGGCCGCCGCUUCCCGGAUGACAUGAUGGAUCGACCCACAGCGACUACCAAGUGCAAGUACUCCCUCGCACGAAAUUCGACCGGCGUGACUUUGUGUUACUGCAUCAUUUCGUAGUUCAACUUCACUCGUGGAACUGGAUUCGCCAUUCUCUUUCACCACAGGCCGGUAUCAGCGCACUUCCACCGUAAAGAUGGCUGCCACCGAGGCGUUCUCGCUGCUCAACACUUCGACCGGCGCACACAAUGACCACUCACCUCGACAGCGCGUCAAGCCGGACUCCCGGAAACGGCAUUCAAUUCCCGAUGACCCGAUACGCCCUGGCCUGCUAGCAAGACCUGAAAAACGUCCACGGCGGAAGAAGCACUCACGUGGAUACCUCCGAAGACUCCUCCAGCGCACCUGGGCCCUACCUCUGGGACUCAUUCUCGGCUUCCUCGGGAUCUACGCCUUCAACCCGACCGAGUCUAAUAUUGUCCACCAUUUCCUCUUCCUCUCCUACAAGCUCGAUGACCACCAUGGCCAGUACGGCAAGGGCCCUUGGGACUUUGCCUUCCUCGCUUUCUACACCAUCUUCCUCACCUUCACCCGCGAGCUCAUUAUGCAGGAGGUGCUGCGACCGCUAGCGCGUCUUGGGGGGAUCAAGUCCAAGGCUAAGCAAGCGCGCUUUAUGGAGCAGAUGUACACGGCCUGCUACUUUGCCUUUUCUGGCCCGCUUGGCCUUUACACCAUGAAACAGACCCCCGGGUUAUGGUAUUUCAAGACGCGUGGAAUGUACGAAUCGUAUCCGAACAUCGCCCACGACGGCGUCUUCAAGUUCUACUACCUAUUCCAGGCUGCCUACUGGGUGCAGCAAGCCAUCGUCAUGCUGCUCGGGCAGGAGAAGCCGCGGAAAGAUUUCAAGGAGCUCAUCGGACACCACAUUAUCACCAUCACCCUCAUUUUCCUGAGCUACCGCUUUCACUUCAUGUACAUCGGCAUCUCGAUCUACAUCACACACGAUAUCAGCGAUCUCUUCCUAGCGGUAAGCCCCAUCCCAUCAUCCCCUUCAUUCAUCCCCCCCUCCCCCAAAUCAAACGAGCCCAUCUAACCAACACGUUUUACAGAUCUCCAAAUCCCUAAACUACAUCAACCACCCCGCCCAAUCCGCCACCUUCGCCCUCUGCAUCGCCGCCUGGAUCUACCUGCGCCACUACCUCAACCUGGCCGUCCUCUACUCCAUCGCCACCGAGUAUGCCGUCGUCGGACCCUUUGCGCUGGACUGGGCCGCCCAGCAGUACAAGUGCCGCGUCGCGCAGGUCGGCACCUUUGCCCUGCUGGCCGCCCUGCAGGGGCUGAACCUCUUUUGGUUGUAUUGUUUGUUUCGGAGUGCCUACCGCUUUGUCGUGUUGGGGGUUGCGAAGGAUGAUCGGUCCGAGG